CUUCCAGAUCUGGGUUUGGGCUUGUUUGGGUGGAUCAGGGUAGUGGGCUUAUUAAGGUUUGGAUCUGGAUUUGGGACCUGGUAGUUUUUUUUUAUAAAAAUUUGGGAUCCAGGGCGAUUUCUGUUUCGGCUCACAGCCCUGCAAUUCAUAGAGUAGGCAUUGGGAAGAUGGGCCUCUGAAGUGAAGGGAGUGGGCCUCUGGUAGUGGGCUAGAAGGAGGGUGGUCUUGACAUAUUAUAAUUCUCUCUAGGGUUUUAGCAACUCAUCAACCAUGGACGCCACGGUCACCCCAGCCCCAGCCUCCAGUUGGAGCAACAUCGUGAAGAAGCAGCCAGACCCAAAGCCCCAAAACUCCUCCACCACCAAAGUCUUGGUCGAAAGCUGCAAGUCCUCCAAGGGCAUAGCCGUCGCAGUCGUCGACGCCAAUGCUAUCAUUCAGGGCGGCGAGACCCUCGCCCACUGCGCCGACAAGUUCGUCUCCAUCCCCGAGGUCAUCGACGAAGAGGUCCGUGACCCUAUUUCCCGCCACCGCCUCGCCCUCCUUCCCUUCCAAGUCCACACCAUGGAGCCCUCCCCUGAAUAUCGCGAUAAAGGGUUUUGUGUGUUUCUUUUGGCAGUUGAAAAGUUUGCGAGGGCUACUGGAGAUUACCAGUCACUGUCAGGGGUUGAUAUUCGUCUUAUUGCUAUGACAUAUACACUGGAGGCUCAGAUACAUGGCACUGAGCACCUCAGGGACUGUCCUCCGCCGGUGCAUACUGUCAAUGUCAGGAGGUUGCCGGAGAAGGACUUGCCCGGCUGGGAAAAUAAUGUCCCCAAUUUGGAAGAGUGGGAAGCGCUGGAAAACAAAGCGGAGGAUAAGAGCAACUCUGUUUCGAGGAUUCGUCCGUUGAAAGAUAUCAACUUGAAUGUUUCUGUUGAUGGUUCUGCGGUGGAAAUCAGAAGUGAUGUUCAUUCUGAGAAUCAGGAGGGUGGUGAGGGCAUUCAGGGGAGAUAUAGGAGAUAUUUUCCAAAGAAGAAAGAGAUAAAUAUUGAAGGGAAGAUGGUUUCUGAUGGAAUUGAUGCGUCCCAAGGACAAGUUGAUGAUAAUACUGGUGACUGGAUGCCUGCUGUUAGUCGGAGUACACAUAGAAGGUUUUUGAGAAGAAAAGCUAGACGUGAGUCUUAUGAGGCGGCAUCAGCUGAUAAUGAUCCUCAGCUACAUGCUGAGGAAAACACAAGUGGUGGCGUACUUGUGGAUGUGAAUUUUUCUGUUGAAGGAGAUGAGGUUGAAAUGAUAAAUGAAAGGCUGGAUCACAUGGAGAUCUCAAGCGAUAAUGGUGCAAGUGUUGAUACAUUAAAUGUGAACGAUGAUAGUAGUGAGCAGAGCUGGAUGCUGAGAUCCUUGUAUGAGUCUAGUGUAGCUUGUAUAACAAGUGAUUUUGCAAUGCAAAAUGUUAUUCUGCAGAUGGGUUUACGGUUGUUGGCACCUGGAGGAAUGCAGAUCCGCCAGCUGAAGAGGUGGAUUUUGAAAUGCCAUGCUUGUAAUACUUUGACCAAUGAAAUUGGGAGAAUGUUUUGUCCAAAGUGUGGAAAUGGUGGUACCUUGUGCAAGGUAGCAGUUACAGUGGGUGAGAAUGGGAUUACUCUUGCGGCACGUAAGCCUCGGAUCCCCAAGCGUGGCACAAGAUAUUCACUUCCUUUACCACAAGGUGGAAGAAAUGCCAUUACCAAAAACCCUGUUUUACGUGAGGAUCAGCUUCCACAAAAGUACCUCCAUCCAAAGACAAAGAAGAAAUCAAAUAAGCCGGAAGAUGACGACCUACUCACUUCCAAUGACUUCAUCUUCAUCCACCAUUCGGAUAAAAAGGCUCCUUUGCAGCCUCCAGUGAGGAAGGCAUUAGCUGCUUUCAGCGGGAGGAGGAAUCCCAAUGACAAUCACUAUUCACAUUCCAAGCAUUAGGGUUUUGUUUAACCGUCUUGUGUGUGUUAAAAAGACUAAUAUUUUGUUUUGGCUCCAGUGUUGGUGUUUUGCCAUCAUAAAUUGUGUGAUAAUCAUGUGCUCUAUGUUAUGAGAGAGCAAUUUUAAUGGAAUUUUAGAGUAGCUAUCAGCAUUUU